UGUCAAUUUCGUUUCAAUUCAAUGACGGAUAGCUGGAACGCGGAAGAAGAGUUGUGAUUGUGAUCGAAAUGUCCCCGAAAAUAAAUUAAAAACUAUGAUCUCAUAAUUAUUUAAAGUGGCUACUACGGUUUAAGAAUUUUAAUUUUUAAUGUAACUUAAACGUGUGCCUUUUUAAUUUUUAUCAUCCCUAGUUAAAUCAUGCAGCAGUCGCCUUUUGAAAAUAUAUUUAACAUUAUAGGCGGCAUUACUGAAGGGAACGAGAAACCCAUGAAACAUGGGUUUUACAACGCCUUUGCCCUCUUUAUAUUAGCUGUAUGUUGUGUGGCAGUGUAUGUCUUGUUUCUUAUAUUAGAGCCAUUUUUCAAACCAUUAUUCUGGGCUCUACUAGUGGGGUCCUUACUUCAUCCAUUUAAAUAUAAACUUUCAAAGAAAUUGAAGUCAUGGUUUGGAGAUCUUGAAAAAUCGAACACAUCUGUGAUAGUGGGAUUAAUGGUAAUACCUGUGAAUGUGGUUAACUUUGCUUCAGACACAGUUGGGCAGCAAUUUAUAGAACAUUACAAGACUGUGAUAGGGCUGCUCUCUGCAAUAUUUGUAUUACCAUGGCUGUACAACUCUGUGCCAAGGAGUCUAGUCUGCCUGUUCUGGCAGUUCAGCAGUUUCAUCAGCUUUUCUACGACACUGCUCAUCAGUGUCUGCAGUUCUUAUAUUACCUUGACAAUAUUCCUGGCAUACGUUAUCAGCGUUUACAUCCUAUGGACACCACAGCGAGCGAAUAUCUUCCGGAUGACGUCACAACUACUAUGGCUGGUCGUCUCCAGUUUCAUAGCAAGUCUGACGGGUUCCCUGCAAGUGUACACAUUUGCACUACUCCAGGGAAUCUGUAUCACCGGCUUUGCUUUAGAAGUGCUGGAUAUACAUAAGAAAUUGUUGGAGAAAGAUCCAGAAGCAUCUAUCUUAUUAGCAUUACACAAAGCAGUUUCUCCCGAUCAAGAAAUCGAGGAAAAAAUUGAAGAGAAACUAGAAGAAGAAUCUCAAAUAGAAUCUAGUGAACAAGAAACAACACCGGACAAAGAAACUCCAUCCCCUGUCACUCCUGAUACUUUAACGAAACGGGGAAGCUGGUCGACCAACGAUCCUAUACAAAGUUCUCCAAGACAUGCUAAAAUGUUGUUUAAGACAAGAACAUUGUCUGCAUUGCCUUUGUCAUCGAAUCAGAAAUUGAAGUCCGACAUCCGAUUCCUUACCGCCUUCAAACAGAGGUCGUUAGACGAAAAUUACAUAAAGAAUAGCUAUGACACUGAAGAAGAAACAGCUUUGUACUUCAAGCUCCUUUUCUUCGGAUGCCUUUGUAUGCUUGUUUGGAAGCAUAUCUGGCUUCUCCCAGUGACUCUAUUCUUCUUGGCUAUCCAUGUUCUGAAGAGGCUGUUAGAUUAUUUCGGAGUUUGGCUGUUCUUUGAAAAUCAUUACAAUAAUGUUAUGGGGAAAGUGAAGUGUUGGUGGAAGUUGAGGCAAUCAGCCUUGCUCCCGGCCCACGUGCGCGGGCUCGGCAAGAUGGCGUGCCUCUGCAACUCGAGCUUCCGCGACAUGGCCUACAGCUCGGUGGACACCGUGUCAUCCUGCAUCGUCAUCGUUGGACUCAUAUUGUUCCUGGCUGUGGCCACCGUUUUUAUAUUUAUACAGAUAUACUCGGAAGCGAUAGUAGUGGUUCAGCUUAGCGGUAGUCUGCUAAACAGCACGUACGUUCAGAACAGUGAGUUGCACGCAUACUUGCCGGAAGGCUGGGAGGAAAAGCUAGACUCACUUAUUGACAAUGCUUACACAUACGGCAGGGAAGGAAUCUCAACAGCGGUUAAAAGCAUCCUCAAAGAAGGUGACCCGGAGAAGAUAAGUCGCGUUGAACAACAGAUCUUGGAGCUAUGGGACCGCGUGUACCAGAGCUGGGUGUCGGGGCACUUCGCGUCCACUGUGGGCCCGCAAGUCGACGGCUCAGCUAUACAGGACUCUUGGGACUCCUUUGUCAACGAUGUUUCUAAUACUCCUGCAGGUAUGUUCGACUACUCUGGCAUAGUGACAUGGGUGCAGGCUAACGUGGGUACAUUAAGUGCUAUAGCGACCAGCAUCUGGGCUCCGCUAGCUAGUAACGUGUCUCUGCUGGCGGGCUCCGUCGGCGCGUUCACGUCGCUGUUGCUAUGCGGCGGCAGUGCCAUCAUCAACAUGUUUAUUAACUUGGUGGUGUUCUUCACGACACUAUUCUACCUACUGGCUUCUAGCAACGCUUUCUAUAAGCCAGUGGAGGUCAUCACACAGAUACAGCCUAACUUCGGUCCCAGACUUGGUAUCGCACUCUCUGUUGCCAUCAAUCAAGUGUUCAGGGCAUCAUUCAAGAUGGCCUUGUUCUACGGUCUCUGGACGUGGUUGGUUCACAACUUAUUUGGAGCCAAAGUUGUCUACUUGCCAUCGGUGCUAGCAGCAGUGCUAGGCGCGGCUCCGUUCCUGGGCCCGUACCUGGCGGGCAUCCCGGCCGCGCUGGACGUGUGGCUGCAGGGCCGCCCCAUGGCCGCGCUGCUGCUGCCCAUCGUGCAGGCCGCGCCCAUCGCCUUCCUAGACGCCGCCGUCUACGCCGAGAUUAAAGAUGGCGGACAUCCCUACGUAACUGGGCUAGCCAUAGCCGGGGGAAUAUUCUACCUGGGUCCCGAAGGCGCUAUCCUAGGUCCACUACUGCUAUGCUGCCUCAUGGUGGUCCUCAACCUGUCGUCCACGUUCCUGAGGGACACGCCCUCCGAGGAGAGGGCGGCAUUGCACUCACGAGUCAGGUAAAUCUGCGGUACACAAGGGAAAUCAGUUGUAGUGUCCAUAAUCGAACAAACUGCUGUGAAAUUAAAAUCAACCUCAAGGCUCUAGUGUUAAGGUUUGUUUUGGUUUAAUUCGAUUUUGUGUACUCUGUUCAUGCAAGUUAGUUAGAAAUCCGUGACUAAUUUGAAUAGUCGUGUUACUUAAUUAUAUGCAUUUGAAUCUGAAUAAAUCAAAUUGUCUAAAGAUUCAAUUAAUGUGAUGUAUAAUUUAAUAUUAGCGUUAUGUGUUCAACCCUGUAAGUAACAUGUAUAGCAAAAAGACAAGUUGAUCGAUUGUGGACAAAGCGAGUUAAAAAUCAUCAUUCCUUGAAAUGUUAAUUACGGCUGAUUCCUUAAAUUAAUUAAGUUUUCAGUUUAUACCCCUGAUUGAGAUUAUAAUUUCCUUGUAAACGACUACGAACUGACAAGUGGUUGAUAUAAAAUUAAAAUAUACUGUUAUGACUAAAUAUUUUAAUUUUAAUGAAAUGGCGAUCAAUUAUCUUAUAAUGUACAAUAAACUGCGAUCAAUUUUGAAUAAAACAGUUGAACAGUGUAUUUUAAAACGCGUACAGUCAUGAAUAUUUAUUAAAAAGGCAAUAAAAUUGUAUUCAUAUCCAAACUAAUAUUUCUAAUUCAAAUAUAAUAAGCUUAGCUUACGUCGUAAUAAAUAACGAUGAAAAAAAUGCAUGACAAAAUAUUCAUGACUGUGCCAAGUUGGUUUCCUACAAAAAUGUUUUGAAUAUCCUUGUAUACAAUUCAAGUAUUGCUCUUCUAAAAUGUAUGCAUAAAUGUUUAAAUCAUAAUUAUCUUGUAAACACGAAUUAGUGUUCUUUACUCUAAGUAGCUAUCUCUACUUAUGACUCUCUUUAAUGUUUUAAUUUAGGUCGUUAUUGGGAUGUUUUUAAGAUAAGGUGUGUAUUUUAUAAACUUGUUUAUAUGUGCACCGUAUUUCGUACCUAAGUUCUAAAAGCACCAUUUCUAAGUUCGGAGUGCUAUUCGAUUUAAAUUUUUAUUGCUAUUGCAUUGAAGGCUUUUUUGCAAUGAUAAAUAUGCUUGUGUUUCGGCUUCUGGUGGUAAGUAUCGUUUGAGUUUUGCACGUUACUUUUUGUUCUAUUAUGCAUGCUAAUUAUACUUAAGUAUUGAUACACUAAAGGCACGAUUAAGUAAUUUAAUAAAUAUUUAUGAUUUCUUAAUAAAACUAUUAAUAUUAAUUAAAAGCAUUUAAAACUAUUUUUUAAUAAUUUUCUAGUCUAUAAACUGGUCUUUGUUGCAAACAUUAUUUUUGUUACAAUUUUGUACGGGUUAAUAUUAAAUAACUUUCCAAUUACAAAAAAUAGUAAGCUGUUACUGUAACAGUUCCAAAUAAAAGUGAAAUUUGUGUUUUCUUGCAUUAUUGUAUUGACAUUUUCCUAACAAUAUUUGUUGCAUGUCAAUAAAUUUAUCAGUCACUUAUAAUUGUUCCAGUAACAGCUUCCAAAUAUAUUUCUUCUUGUAUUACUUCGCUACUAUCUAAUUUCUAUUUAUAACCCACCGAUCUAUGUAUUAUAUUCUAACCUCUAUGCUUUCUCCUUUUUAAUAUUAUAUUAUUUAAUAAACCAGCUUUAAUAAAUGGAUAUUUCUUUACAGGCUCGGUGCUUAUCUCUGAUGGGCUUGCAUGGAACACUAACUUGUAACGAGAUCAUCUCAUUUGUCAAUUCGUAUUAGCAAUAUGUAACAGUUGAAAUGUCAAAGUAAUUAUAUACCGUUCGGUUGAAGAAUGGGAUUAGAAAUGGCGGCUCAGAGCAUACCGACAACAAACUUACAUUUGGGUAGUGUACACGGUGCUGCUCGCUAUCUGUUACUUGAACUUGGCUUGACACGCUACCGUGAUAGAUUGUAAUCAUAUAUUAUCAUACUCUGAGUAAAAAAAGAUCUCAAAAAAAUAAGA